CAGCGCCCCGCGCAGCCCCGCACCCCCCCCGCACCCCCGAGAUGCCCCGCUACGAGCUGGCGCUGAUCCUCAAAGCCACGCAGCGGGGUUGAUACAGUAGGCCUCCACUAGACUUAGCUGCAACUCUGAAUUUCUCCUCCAACACUGGAGCAAUGGCUGCUGGUCUUGUGGAGAGUGGAUUAAAAGUGCGCGCUAAGGUCUCAGAUUCCAAUUAAGAAGCCGAGGAAAAAAAAAAGUGGCUUUUUUUUUUUUUUUAAAUCCGUCUCCUUCAAAACUGUAUCUCAACCACCGCCAUCACAACAGCAAGUCAAAGGACAAAGAAUUUUAGCCUGCCGAGGCGUUCGGCGUAAUCCGGUUCUCCCAUGGCUUAAAGACGUGGCCGGGGGUGGUUUUUGGGACUGGGUUUUUUGUUUUGGUUUUUUUUUUUUGUUCUGUUCGGUUUGUUUGUUUUUUUUCCUCCCUCCCCCUCCCUCCCCCUCCCCCAACCCAAAAGAAAACCCUAAAAACCAGAACGCCAGAUCCGGCCGUCGUCGGAGGGGGCCCCCCGCCCGCGGCGGAAUUCCCAAGAUGAGGGCCGUGUUAGAGCCGGCCGACAUCGCCAUCGUGGCCCUGUACUUCGUGCUGGUGCUGUGCAUCGGGUUCUUCGCCAUGUGGAAGUCGAACCGGAGCACGGUGAGCGGCUACUUCCUGGCGGGGCGCUCCAUGACCUGGGUGGCCAUCGGGGCCUCCCUGUUCGUCAGCAACAUCGGUAGCGAGCACUUCAUCGGGCUGGCGGGCUCCGGAGCCGCCAGCGGGUUUGCCGUGGGGGCCUGGGAGUUCAACGCCCUGAUGCUCCUGCAGCUCCUGGGCUGGGUCUUCGUCCCGGUGUACAUCCGGUCCGGGGUGUACACCAUGCCCGAGUACCUGGCCAAGCGCUUCGGCGGUCACCGGAUCCAGAUCUACUUCGCCGCCCUGUCCCUGCUCCUCUACAUCUUCACCAAGCUGUCGGUCGACCUGUACUCGGGAGCCCUGUUCAUCCAGGAGUCCCUGGGCUGGAACCUGUACCUGUCGGUCAUCCUGCUGAUCGGCCUGACGGCCCUGCUGACGGUGACCGGGGGUCUGGUGGCGGUCAUCUACACGGACACCCUGCAGGCCCUGCUCAUGAUCGCCGGGGCGCUGACCCUCAUGGUCCUGAGCCUGAUGGAGGUGGGCGGCUUCGAGGAGGUGAAGCGACGGUACAUGCUGGCCACGCCCAACGUGACGGCCAUCCUGCUGACCCACAACCUGUCCAACACCAACUCGUGCCUGGUCCAGCCCAAGCCGGACGCCCUGAAGAUGCUGCGGGAGGCGGGCGACGAGGACGUCCCCUGGCCGGGCUUCAUCCUGGGCCAGACGCCGGCGUCGGUCUGGUACUGGUGCGCCGACCAGGUCAUCGUCCAGCGGGUCCUGGCCGCCAAGAACAUCGCCCACGCCAAGGGGUCCACCCUGAUGGCGGGCUUCCUGAAGCUGCUGCCCAUGUUCAUCAUCGUGGUGCCCGGGAUGAUCUCGCGGAUCCUGUUCGCGGACGAGCUCGCCUGCAUCAACCCCGAGCACUGCCUGCAGGUGUGCGGGAGCCGGGCCGGCUGCUCCAACAUCGCCUACCCCCGGCUGGUCAUGAAGCUGGUGCCCGUGGGGCUGCGGGGCCUGAUGAUGGCCGUGAUGAUCGCCGCCCUCAUGAGCGACCUGGACUCCAUCUUCAACAGCGCCAGCACCAUCUUCACCCUGGACCUCUACCAGCUGGUCCGCAAGGGCGCCGGCUCCCGGGAGCUGAUGAUCGUGGGCCGGGUGUUCGUCGCCUUCAUGGUGGUCGUCAGCAUCGCCUGGGUGCCCAUCAUCGUGGAGAUGCAGGGGGGCCAGAUGUACCUGUACAUCCAAGAGGUGGCCGACUACCUGACCCCGCCGGUGGCCGCCCUCUUCCUGCUGGCCAUAUUCUGGAAGCGCUGCAACGAGCAGGGGGCCUUCUACGGCGGCCUGACGGGCUUCGUCCUGGGGGCCGUCCGCCUGACCCUGGCCUUCGCCUACCGGGCCCCGGAGUGCGACCAGCCGGACACGAGGCCGGCCCUCGUCCGGGACGUCCACUACAUGUACGUGGCCGCGGCCCUCUUUUGGGUCACGGGCCUGGUGGCCGUGGCCGUCAGCCUCCUCACGCCGCCCCCGACCCCGGAGCAGAUCCGCACCACCACCUUCUGGUCCACCCUGGGCCCCGCGGCGGCGCCCGGGGGCGGCGGCCACAAGGGAGACCCCUACCGGGCCCGGGAGAAGGGCCCCGACCGCGCCGGCGGCGUCCCCAACGGCAAGGCCGAGGAGGGCCUCGGGGGCGUCCGGCCCGAGGACGUCAACCUGCUGGCCGCCUGCCGGGAGGACGGCCCCGCCGCCCCCGCGUCGCUCAGCCCCUCCGAGGCGGAGACCCCCGUCGACUCCUACUCCAACGGGCAGGCGGCCCUCAUGGGCCGCAAGGCCCGGGGGAGGGAGCCCGCCGGGCCCGGGGACCGGUACUGGAAGUUCGUCGACUGGUUCUGCGGCUUCCGGGGCGACAGCCCGAGCCCCCGGGGGCUCAGGGACGGGGCGGCGGACGGAGAGGCCGUCUGUUUACAGAUGCUGGAGGAGACGCCCAGGGUUAAGCUGAUGCUCAACGUCGGGCUCUUCUCUGUGUGUUUGCUGGGGAUCUUCAUGUUCGUUUAUUUCUCCCUGUGAGCGAGCGUCCCACUCCCCGAGGGCGAGACCAAAACGCCGACUUCGACAAAUGUAGAUGUUGCAUCUCUCAGGCAUUGUUUACGCUCUAGGUUUUAGCCAAAUUUUUUCCUUAAAAGAAAAAAAAGAAAAAAAAAUAUAUAUCACCCAUCGGAGAGACGUUUUUAUCUACCCAGAGACGGCUUAAGAGUUAACCCCCGACUACGUGAAGCAGAACGUGUUUUAUCCUCCCGAAGUUGUGCGGAUGUCGUGUUGAGAUUGCCGUUUUUAUUUAAUUUUUGUUUUCAAUACCAAAGUAGGGGAGAAUGCUCACAUUUUGGCGUGAUCGAAUGAAAGAAUCCAGACCCGUUACUGAGAGAGCUUUCAGAGUACCAUGAAACACUAACCGGAAGUCAUGUUGGCAUUGCCGAGUCUGGGGAGGUUUUUAUUUUGUGCUGUUUUGUGUUUGCUUUUUUUUGUUUUUUUAAAUUAUUUUUCUUUCCCAUACCCAAAACAGCCAGGGGCCCCAGUCCUUUUUAUUUUUAUUAUAUAUAUAUAUAUGUAUAUAUAUAUGUGCAUAUAUAUGUAUAUACAUAUAUGCCCAUAAGUGUGUGUGUGUGUAUGUAUAUAUUUUUGCCCGACCAUGGCUGCCCUCUUUCAAAAUUGGACCCGUAGACAUUGGGCGAGCUGCUGGGUGGUCCAUCCCCCAGUCCAGGCGGUGAGCUGCGACCUUUUUGCCGGAUGUCACCUUUCUCGGAGACUUGCCCCGUUGCGGCUCCCUUGCUCAGUGAAAGGAGAUACCUGCCUGCGGCCCCGUUUUUCUUUUGUGUGCGUGUGUUGUGGGGUGGUGGUUCUUUGGGUUUUUUUGUGCGUUUGUGCGUCUCCCCCGCACCCUCCCGGAAGACUCCCUCCUCCCCUUAAACGGACGCCAAAUUGUCCCUCGAAAGUUGCGUGCGGCCGACCUUUUCACUUGUCCUAACUGAGACGCUUCUGACGACGGGGCACUAAGAGAAUCUCUGCCGGUGGUAAAACCCAAAUGCGUUUCUCCAGCUGUUCAGCGUGCGUAGAGAGGAAGGUGCUAACUGAGAGCCCGGGUCCCUGUUGCUUGGAGCCGCUGAGUCCUUGGAAGCCCACCGGUGGAGAGGUGGGCCGCAACGCCUCGGUCGUCCGGCGGCAGCCCGAGAGCCACGCGGGGUGGUCGAUCCGGAGACUUUGGGUUCUCGAGGCCGCCUCGCCCUGGGGUGGGAGGAUCCGCCCGGGUGAACGGACAUAACCGUGUUUCUUUCCCGUACCUCCGCUGGGGUGCUUGGGAGAAAGACUUGGCCCAGAAACGCUACUCCCCCUUCUCCGUCCGUCUGGAUUUUGGGAACCGCUUGCCAGAGAUCCGUCAACCAGUGACGUUAAUCAAUCACUUGAACUCACCGUGCCGGGCGCUCUUCUAAGCGUUUGGGAGGGAACAGCGGUUAAUAGACACAAUCCCUGCCUUCAAGGAGCUUAUAGUCCGGUGGGGGCGAUGAACACUAAAUGAAUAGCACUGAGUGAUUAUGCCCCUCCUUCGGGCAGAGCACUGUACUAAACCCUUGAGACAGCACAAUAGAAGAGAAUAGAUAUUGCAGUCUACUGGGAGGAAGCCCCGAUUGGGUAGAGAAAAACCUGUCCGUUGCCCUGAAGGCCGAGGGGCAGGGGGCUUUGGAACGCGACCCUCUCUGAGCGAGCUUACGCAUUUGGGGGGAGGGUGCCUUUUUGGUAGCUGGUUUUUUUUUUUUUUUCUGGGAUUUACAAUCAUGUGUUCAGGCCCUCUUGCCCCUCGAUUUCCAUAGCUACUUGGUGAGCAGAGGAUAGUCAAGCAGGAAUCCUUUUUAAUACAUGUCUGGGGGUUCUUCAGUGAGACAUAAUUUAGCAUUGUUUCCCCCUCUCCAGCUAUUACUCUGGGUACAUGGUGGAGUAUAUUGGGGACUUGAUUUUUUUUUUUUGUCUUUCACAGCUUGACUCUUCCCUCCCCCUCUUAUUUCCUAUCUUUUCGACCUCCUGUCUUCUAAGUCACCACGCAGACUCAGAAGCGUGCGGGCACAGCCAUUAAAAAGCGGGGUUGCUUACCCUGGUUUUGUGGACGUUGGUCCAAAUGGCAGUUCAUUAGGUGAAUUUGGAGUCUACAGAAGGAGUAGAUUAAACUUCUGUCGCUGUUACUUUCUGCACUUAAAAAAAAAAAAUUCCCUGGUCUUUCCGCAGUCUUUAUGUGUUUGUCGCCGAAAAUGUGUGUUGGUUCUUCUCCGGGAUUUUCAGGCGUUCUCAUCCCAUCUUCCCACGUUACUCAGUCACCUGUAUUAAUUGAGCACUUAUUGUCUUUAGGGCACCGUAGUAGGCCCCUGGGAGAACGGAGUAGAUGUUUGGGUUUGACGGGAGGAGCGUGGUGUUUUCUGCAAAAGAAAGUGUAUCAUCGAGACCCCAAAGUGGAUUUUUAAACCGUUUUAUCUUUUGGGGCUGAGCACGAGGAACAAAUCAACUGGAGUUGUGCUCCUUGGGGCCAGGCGGACCUGACCUGAUGAAAGCACCUUAGUGGGAGGAGUCGGUGAUUAGAUCUUUACCCUCAAAUUUCUGGAUAAUUCGGACUAAAAAAAUGCAUCAGUGUUUUCACUUUUUCUGGCUAAAGUUGUGUGUGUGAGUGCACUUGAGUUUUGCCUGAACAUACCAGUUAUCUGCCGUGGGUGGGUGGGUGUUAGUACAUAUGUCUCAGCCUGAGACUACAGCACUUCAGAGAGUUCAAGUUGGAUGCUAUAGUUCGGAGAUGAACAGCCAGUGUAUCCCAGCGGCCUCCGUCCCGCUUUGGUGCCCUGAGCGGCCUGCUUAAAAUUUCGAUCGGCUUCCCCGGGAGCAACCUGGGAGAGCCUUGCUCCCUCACUCUCUUUUUAACAUCUUUUCUGGACCUGGCAAUUUGGGGGGAGGGUCAGGGCCAGGUAUCAUCUCUGACUUCACCCCCUUGCCUCACUAACGAGCAGAAGAGAGGGAAGGCCCUUUAGGAUAGCCACCCUGGCCACCCCAGGAAGCCGGACGACAAUCCUAGCUUCUCCCAGCCCGUCCAACUCCCCUCUCCACCUGGUUCAGGGGGCCGUUGGCCAAGCUAACGCCCGAAACCACGCUCAUCUGGAAUGCCGGCCUCGAGGCCCCGUCCCCCCGCCAUGUGGUGGAAGCUGAAACUACUGACGACCCUCGCUGGCCGCCGUGAGGAUCGAUGACCAGAGACGGCCGCAAUACUGAAGCGCACGAUCAAUGCCCUGAUGGAGCGGGGAGCGAU